AUGGCUGGACACCUUCUAGGAGACGCAAGCUUCAAAAGAGACAUCCAAAAACAGCUCAACAACCUCCUGCAAGCAAGACCAAAUCAAGUCAGAUCCAAAGGAGACAUGACAAAAGAACGCCUGCGAAUGUUGAGGGAAUGCAAGCAUUUACGAUCUCGAGAACGAUUUAUCGUCAAGUCAAAAUUACAGGAAGCGUCCUUCCCAUCCGAAAUCGACGGCUAUCUGGCAUCUUUCGAGAAAGAUCCCGAGCUUUCCUGUCAAUUGUCGGAUCCACUCAAUGCUUCCGCCUUUCCUCUACUUCACCACAAACAACUAGAAAAUGACCCAACUCCUACUCCAACUUUCCAACCAGUUCUUAAUGAUGCUCUGUUUCUGAGAGGCGACAUUGAUUCUGCCAGUGUCGCAUCUGUCAACACAUUGGAUGACGAGGUGCAUUCAUUCAAAUCGAAGCUUGACUCGGCCGAAGCAGAGUCAACCAGCCAUGCGUCUUCUGAAUACCAGCCAAUCAACCCCGAAAAUGACGCUGAUGGUAAAGACGAUGCCAGCAUCAUUUCGAGUACAAAAUCUACACGCUCGCUCAUCAGCCUCACGAGUCUGAAAAGGCGAUUACAAUUUAGAUACUCAACCUCUGACCUAGGCGACAUCAAAUCUCUACUAGGAAGGCUCACGAUAUCUCGAUCGUCCGAAGUAUCAUAUCCUCAUACCAUUACAACUCUGAAUAUACAGCCUAUUCCAGCACGAAUUGAAAACCCAGUCGUCUUGCCUGGCAUAUAUCCUCAGUAUUGCUGGGAACAUAUUUGUCACAACGAGCUUGCACGGUGCGACGAUAUUAGGUUACCUUGUAAUCGUGGUCCUAUCUAUCAACCCUUGGGCCUGGAAACUCACAGAUCGAUACAUCCAAAUGUUCUAUUCAGAAUUCGGACUUGUGCAGUACGAGAGGAGGAUCUCGAAAGCGUGGACACAUUUGGAAAUUCUGUCCUCCACAUCGCUGCAUGUCUAGGAGCAGCGCCAACUUAUCUAACAUCCAUGAUCAUUAUGGGCGCCAACAUCCACAGCCUCAAUAACGCGGACCAAACAUUCCUACACUUGAUCAGUCUUUCGGACAUCUCAGCCAUCAGAGACUUUCCCGCUCUCCUUGGAGCGCUGGUCAAACGACGCUUCAAUUUCCAGCAACAAGAUCAUAAUGGACAAACAGCGCUGCACUCUCUUACUCAGUACUCGACUCCUUGGAGAGUUCUUAGUGGCAUGCUGCAGUCUUUUCAAUUCCAUGGCAUUGAUCUACCAACUUCUCGGGAUAAUCGAGGAUAUACUGUGGCCGAGCAACUACGGGAACAAGGCUUCAAAUUGAGUUGGCCAUAUGAUGAAGAACACUUCUUGACCACGCCCGAUGUCGCAUCUCAGCCUCAGCCUCAAAAACAUCUCCGUGUCUCUUCAUAUCCCACAGAUCCCCAAACAAUCAACUCCAAAUUUCUCCUAUCAGCGAGCCCCGAGUUACUGCAGGAAUAUGAAAAACACGCAGAACUCCUACGUGUCAUAGUCCAAGCCGGCAAGAACCCCUCCUUCGAAGACUCAGAAGGACGAAACGGCCUACACUGCUUAGCAGAAGUCCGUCUCGACCUCCCAACUUCAAAGGAACCAAAUGAUGGUAUCGACCCUGCUCUCAACAGUCCUUGGGAACAAUACAUGGAACAACUCCUCCUCGCAGGCGUAGACCCAAAUCGAUACGACAAACACGGCUCCACACCCCUCAUGUCAUUCAUCACCCACUGGCCCACCAAAGACGAAGCCCUUACCACCGCGCUCCUCAACCGCCUCAUCGCCGCAGGUGCCAACAUCCACCUCCGCAACCGACUCGGCGAAACAGCCCUCCACAUCGCAGUCAAACUCGGGCACCGCGCAGCAACCAAAGUCCUGCUCUCACACGGAGCGAACGUCCACGCAAGGACUAGUACCGGUCACGGUAUCCUCGCGCUUGGAACAAGGUACAGCAACCGAGCUGUGCAUGAUGAGGUUUUGUACGCGCAGAUUUCGCUGUGUGUUUGUCUUGUUGCUAAUGCGGGGGCGGUUUCUGCGCCGACUAUCUUGCAUGAGUGGGCUUCAAGUGAUUUUAGGGUUCUUCCUGAUCAGGGACCUAGAGAGGAAGGGAGGAGAAGCAAGGUUGACAGGCAUGGGGUGCCGGUGAUUGGUUAGAUCUUUUGCUAAGUUUUAGAGCUUUUCUUUUGUGUUUGUUUGCAAGGGUUUGGCGCGAUUCGCGCUAUUCGCGCAAUCCUCGCUCUUGACAGCGAUUUGGGUACGGAAGCCUCGCUACUAUUCUUAAUCCCAGCAUUCUAUUUUCUUCUGAAUUUAUCUAUUUCUGUCAAGAGAGCAAAAGCGCUUCUGUAGCUGAUCCGCUUUAAAACUGG